CCUCAUACGACUUAAUCUGUCCACAUCAUAUCAUUGCUGCAAAUUAAACUUCUAGGGUUCUUCCGAUUCCUUUGCGAUUUGAUCCUCCGAUCACAAUUCAUCACUCUUUCUUUCACAUUCGUUUCUUCAUUCAUAGAUCCACCACAGUCUCACAACAGAUCGACGCAUUUCAAUCGUAUACGCUUCCAGUUCAUCUUAUAAACCCUAAGUUUUUAUCCAAUUUAGGGUUCCUGAAUCAACCUUGAUGAUUACAUCUGUUAAUUCCACACAAAAUUGAGCUUUAAUCGUAGUCUCUCAUCAUUUGUUGUGAAAAUUAGUUGAAAAAUCCUUUUUUUUCAUCGGAAUAUUUUUAUUUUUAUACUUUUUUUGUGUGAAAUUUGUGUGUUUUGGGGGUGAGAGGAAUUAGUAGUCAUGUUCUAUGGUUCAGUGGUGUGGGAUCCAUGGCUAAUUGUGGCUCAAAUUGUGUGCAUUCAGUGCUUGUAUUAUCUGACGCUUGGAGUAUUUAUGGCGAUUUUUGUUGGAACUAGGGUUUCGAGAAUGAGUCUUGUGUACUUCUUUGAUUAUGCUGCGGUUACUAUCUCUACGGUUACUGGAUGGUGUGUCAUUGCUUCUUUUCUUCUCACUUCUGUUGCAGGAGCUGGGUUCUUGCUUUAUUUGAUUGAGAGAGCAAAAAAGUGCCUAGAUUUUUCAGCGACAGUUUACAUAAUCCAUUUAUGCAUAUGCAUUUUAUAUGGAGGAUGGCCUUCAUCAAUAACAUGGUGGGUUGUCAACGGUACUGGAUUGGCAAUAAUGGCUUUGUUAGGAGAAUAUUUGUGUAUUAAACGUGAAUUACGAGAAAUUCCGAUUUCAAGACUCAGAUCAAGUGUUUGACAAACGAAACAAGCUCACAAUAGCAUGGAAUAGGAUUUCUUGGAGACGAAAACAAGCUCACAAUAGCAGUGAUACCAUUUUCAUGGCUUUGGGAUGAAUGGACACUAAAGAAUGGGACUUAAGGAGUUAGAAUUGAGUGUGAGUUGGCAUACCGCAACUACCAAAAUAGGUGUGAUUUUGGUAGAGACAUGGUUCAUUCAUAAAUUGAUGCCUGUUUUCAGUUUGGGUCUUGUGUGUUUAUAAGUUUUACAUGUUUUUCUUACUCCUGUUACUUGAUAUUUGUUUUUUUUCCAUUUCAAUAGCUGUCGUUUUCUUUA